AUGUCAGACCCACCGCCAAACUGCAGUGCUUUCCCACGUGGUGAUAACCUGUUCGAAUGGGUUUCCACUCUUCUCGGACCGUCAGGGUCCGUUUACGAAGGUGGUAUAUUCUUCCUCGAUAUACACUUCUCUUCCGAAUAUCCGUUCAAACCUCCAAAGAAUAAUUGGUCUCCAGCACUGACUAUCAGCAAGGUGUUGCUGUCCAUUUGCUCCUUACUGACCGAUUGCAAUCCGGCAGAUCCAUUGGUCGGUUCAAUUGCCCAUCAGUACACACACAAUCGGGCCGAGCAUGAUCGAAUAGCACGGGUUUGGACGCAAAAGUAUGCCAGUUCGACUACCUAUCCGGUAUCGGGGAACUCGCAUCGUGCCAAUAACCACGAGUCCCAAUCUCGAGUGAACGGUUCUGUAACCGGGGCUUCCGCAACUCCAGGAUUAUCGUCUGUUCACUGUUCAUCCUCGUCCUCAUCGUCGUCUAGCUCGUCCGAAUUGGGUGUGCUAUCUGUGCCUAGUCGGGACGAACCGGUUAGCAGUGCGGCUUCCGGUGCGAGUACGACAGCUAGUCUAGAAGCUCGAAGCGAUGCUGGGGAGAGCCUGGAGGAUGGGCUCGAAGAUGAGGAGGAGGAGGAAGAGGACGAACGUGAUCCUGACCCGGAGGAGGAUGAAGAGGAUGACGAUGAUGACACGGCAACUGCUUCAUCUACCGAACCGGCUUCCACACAUCCGCCUCCUCAGCAGCCCGUUGCGCACCCUCGCCAAUUGGCUUCUACUCGAUGGUAG